AUGUUUUCUUCUGCAUUCCUUGUUUGUUUCUUUUUCAUUUUCUUCCUUUGCACAUAUUUUUCUUUUCUCUUCAUUCAUUCUUUCUCGUCUGUUUUCCAUCUUUCGCGUCGAUUUCUCACCACUUUCUAUCUACGUAAUCCUGUUUUGGAUGUUUUUCUUUCUUUUUAUUAUUUCUUUUAUGUUAUGCUGCAUUUUAUUCUCUUUCUUUCUUUACUGUGUUUUCUUCUCUUUCUUCUUUGUAAAAAUUGCUGCCUUUCUUUAUCUUCUCCAGAUUUGCUUUCAUUUCUUCUUUUCUUUCUUAAAUCACUCUUUCUUUCUUUAAUAUCAUUUCUCUUUCAACUUUCUUUUCUAUUUUUCCUUCUCAUUUCUUUCUUUCUUUUUUCCUUCCCUUUUUGUUUUUUGUUUUCUUCGCUUUCUUCUUAUUCCAUUUUAACUUCUCCGCCUUUCUCUUCUUUCUUUCUUUCUUUCAUUUUUGUUUUCUUUUUUUUUUGUUUUCUUCGCUUUCUUCUUUCUUACUCCAUUUUAACUUCUCGACUUUCUUUCUUUCUUUCUUUUCUUUCUUUCUUUCUUUCUUUCUUUCUUUCUUUGAUUAUUUUUCGUUACUCCUUUUCCUCUUCUUCCUGGCCAUUACCCCAUUUUUUCUAUCUAGAUAAUCCCGUUUUCACACCCAUCCCACCCUUACUGAGAGACAAAAAAUGA